CGCCGCCGCCGCCUUCCCCCAGCCCGGGCCCCUGCGAGCCGCCGCCGCCGCCGCCCGGUGUGUGCGGGGCCCGGCCGGUGCCGGCGGGGCCAUGGCCGCGAGCGCCAAGCGGAAGCAGGAGGAGAAGCACCUGAAGCUGCUGCGGGAGAUGAGCAGCCUCCCGCCCAACCGCAAGUGCUUCGACUGCGACCAGCGCGGCCCCACCUACACCGACAUGACGGUGGGCAGCUUCGUGUGCACCUCCUGCUCCGGCAUCCUGCGAGGUUUAAAUCCACCCCACAGGGUUAAAUCUAUCUCCAUGACCACAUUCACGCAACAGGAAAUAGAAUUUCUGCAGAAACAUGGAAAUGAAGUGUGUAAACAGAUUUGGCUAGGAUUAUUUGAUGAUCGAUCAUCAGCAAUUCCAGACUUCAGGGAUCCACAGAAAGUUAAGGAGUUUCUACAGGAAAAAUAUGAAAAGAAAAGAUGGUAUGUUCCUCCAGAACAAGCUAAGGUUGUGGCAUCAGUCCAUGCAUCUAUAUCAGGGUCCUCUGCUAGUAGUACAAGCAGCACACCUGAGGUGAAACCGCUUAAAUCUCUCUUGGGAGAAUCUGCACCAGCACUGCACUUAAAUAAAGGCACACCUAGCCAAUCCCCUGUUAUCGUUAGGUCUCAAGGACAGCAGCAGCAGGAAAAGAAGCAAUUUGACCUCCUCAGUGACCUUGGCUCAGAUAUCUUUGCUGCUCCUGCUCCUCAGUCAACUGCUACAGCAAAUUUUGCUAACUUUGCACAUUUUAACAGUCAUACAGCACAGAACUCUGCAAAUGCAGGUUUUGCAAACUUUGAUGCAUUUGGACAGUCUAGUGGUUCGAGUAAUUUUGGAGGUUUCCCCACAGCAAGUCAGUCUCCUUUUCAGCCCCAAAAUACAGCGUUCAGAACGCUUUCAUCUAGCUGCAGUUUUGGUGAAUUUACUUCAGCUUUCCCUCUCCAGGCUGUACACAGUGGAAGUGCUGGAUCAAUGAAUGCUAACUUUGCUCACUUUGAUAACUUCCCCAAAUCCUCCAGUGCUGAUUUUGGAGCCUUCAAUGCUUCUCAGAGCAACACAACGGCAGCUGCUGCCAGUAAAGUUGCAGUGAAUAAACCGAAUCUCCAGUCAGCAGACAAAUAUGCAGCUCUUGCUAAUUUAGAUAAUAUCUUCAGCACAGGGCAAGGUGGUAGUGAGCAAGGAAGUGGCUUCGGCACUGUAGUUACAGCACCAUCAGGUCCUGCUGUGUCAGCCCCAAGUCAGCCCAGUGCAUCUUCAGACAAGUAUGCAGCUCUAGCAGAAUUAGACAGUGUGUUCAGCUCCACAGCAACCUCUAGUAAUGCAUAUACUUCCACCAGUAAUGUUAGCAGCAAUGCUUUUGGAACAGUACCAGUGGCUGCUACUGCACAGACACAGCCUGCGUCUUCGAGUGUGCCUGCUUCAUUUGGAGCAACACCUUCCACAAAUCCAUUUGUGGCUGCCCCUGUCGCUCCAGUGGCACCUUCAACAAACCCCUUCCAGACCAAUAGCAGAGGAGCAACAGCGGCAACAUUUGGCACAGCAUCCAUGAGCAUGCCUGCAGGAUUUGGAACUCCUGCAUCCUACAGUCUUCCUACUAGCUUCAGUGGCAAUUUCCAGCAGCCUGCCUUCCCAACCCAGGGAGCUUUCCCACAACAGACUGCUUUUGCUCAGCAACCAAAUGGUGCAGGUUUUGCUGCAUUUGGACAGGCAAAGCCUGUAGUAACCCCCUUUGGACAAGUUGCUGCUGUUGGAGUAGCUAGUAAUCCUUUUAUGGCUGGUGCACCAACAGGACAGUUUCCAACAGGAAGCUCAUCAACCAAUCCUUUCUUAUAGCCUUACAGACACUUUACCCAAAAGAACUCUUAUUUGGUCACAUAACAUCUCUGCGCCUCUUGCACUGUUGUCUUGUUUCACUGAUCUUAGCUUUAAACACAAGAGAAGUCUUUAAUAAAAAAAAACAAACCUG